CCCCUCCUUUAACAGUAUUGCUGCGCUGGGUUGUGAGGUCAUGAUAAUGAAAUGAGGUUAAGGUCAUGUACCCGGUCACAGCGCAAACUGGUAUACGUCUUCCAGAUGGGAAGGGCACGUUUCCGCCCACAUUAGGUUUACUGACUCCAUUGGAUAUUGUACAGUUGGACUCACGUACAUGACUAUCAACUGCAGUUUGUUUGAGUGGCUCUGUGAGAUGAUUCUUUGGAUUUUAAGUCGUCAACUAUAGAAGCGGUAGUAUAUAUAUAUGUUUCGGAGCAGAAAUACUGUACUGCCAUAACAUCAGGAGGUAUGUAAUAUUGUAAGCCAAGGAAAACAUUCGAAAAUGUGACUCGGAUGCCGGGUGAUCAGAGCCACGUUUGUGAAAGGAAAGUCCGUCGAUGUAUAUAUUCACAUACAUGUUAAGCGUAUUCAUAUCAUGGAGAUAAUACCUCCACGAUCAUAAUCAUGCAAUCAUCGCUCACUGAAUGGAUAUAACCGAGGCAUUACGCUGGUCCAUCGGGCUAGGGGUUUUCUUAUAUCGAAGGUAUAUGGCUACAGCGACUGAUCACCGGAAGUUUGAGUUGAACUUUAAAGGGAUAUAUUGAACUAUACAACGGCAUGUCUGCCACCAAGAGGAAGUAUGUUGCAGCACUCAUUUUAUUUGGAACCUGUGGAUUUCUUGCCACUUGGUACAAUAGCAGAUUAGGAGACGUUAGACUCGUCCAAGAUGCCAGUCCAGACGUUUUCUCGACGGAUGCAAGUGAGAAUGGCUACCGGAUUUCAGGACAUAGAUCUACCAGUAUAAUUAAGGAAUUAUCAUCAUCUUUAAAAGAUUUCAAAGCAACGGAUAGAAAAAUGUUAUCCAAUCAUCUCCGUACCGCAGAGGGGGUUCUUCAGACAGAGACAUCGGUAGAAGAGGAAUCCUACGAUUUCGAGGAGGAACAACUCAAGAGACAGGAGCACCUUGAAAAAGCAUGCAGCCGUCUUGGGAUCAGUCGGACUCUACCACCGGUUUCAUGGGAGACGACCGUGCAUUUUCUCGCGAGUGACAAGUUCAAGUUCAUCUUCUGUUUCGUACCAAAGAUCUCCUGCACAACCUGGAAAGAAAUCAUGGCGAAGCUCUAUCACCUAGACCGGAAUCCUUUGCAAAUGGUGCCCAAAGCGAUCAAGGGUGUACAGGCCAAGAGGAAAUGGAAGGUUCUGAAGUUGAGUGAUAUCGGGAAUCCCGAGAAAGUUAAGAAACGAUGGAAGACGUACAACAAAGUGAUGUUCACGCGGGAACCUCUCGAAAGAGCGCUUUCUGCUUAUUUAGACAAGUUUGUUUAUGGCAAGACCAGCUUUGAAAGGCAAUUCGGUGGCGCUAUCGUGAAGCAAUACCGGGACAAGCAUAUUUCGAAAGUGAAGUUCCCUCUCAAAGAAAAAAUCCGAUUUGACGAAUUCAUCCGUUUCAUUACGGAUAAAGGUCCGAAUGCUCCGAUGACACAACAGACGGAUCACUGGUUGCCGGUUAGCCGGAUAACCUCCCCGUGUCGUUUCAAAUAUGAUUUCCUCGGACACUACGAAACUCUGCAAUAUGAUGCACCUUACGUCAUAAAACAUUUUAAUCUUUCUAGGUACGUGACCUUUCCAGAAGUUCAUAGUUCAAGGUCACAUGAAAAGCUAAUCAAUGCAUAUAAGGAUAUACCGCAAGACCUUAUAUACCGUCUUGUUGACUAUUAUAGGACUGAUUAUGAAUUAUUUGGUUACUCGGCAAAUGCAACCUUAGAUAUCAUAUUUAAUGGAAGAAACAGAGAGAAAAGAUAAAGCUUCACUUAAAUCAAAGAUGUUGGUUGGAACUUGCAAUAUGAUUUUCUUUUUUAAUGCAGCUGAUGUGGUAUUAGCAGUCGAGACGAGAUGCGAUAAUAAUAUAUUUGCCUUGCACGAUUUGCCAAUGAAUAUGAGAACUGAUGCCUUAUGAAAUUGACUGAACUUGAUUGAAAUAUUCAGAUUCGAAUUCGUAUUUAUUCGUUUUCAACAGUAAAAAUGGUUCAGAGUGAUUUAAAAUAAUUACAUCCGAUAAGUACACGGUAAACAAAAACAUAAAAAUUAUAAUGCUUCUUUGUGAUUAUUCAUUGAUUUUCCUAAGUAAAUUAAAUAUUUAACUAUUUCCGUAAAACAUUCAAAUUAAGUCUUCCUAACUCAUAUUUAAGUUUAUUUGAAUUUACCUGAUUUUCUGUUAUGAGGUUCAAUAUACAUUAAAUGAAACUAAAGCAAUUCUACACUGUCAAAAAUUAUUUGAAAGUACUCAAUAAAAUUGAGGCAAAAAUUGCCUUAAUCUUUUCAAGUA